AUGAAGGCCGUUUCGGUCUCUCUUCUUUCCCUCUUCGCCACGGCGCAGGCCACUGGUUCGUGGUGGGGAAGUGAUAAGUGCUAUUCGUCGCCCGACAACACCGACAACCAGUGUUCGGAGCACCAGCAGCACGGUUUCACCUGGGCCGAGCUCUCCAUCGGAUCUUUCUCUUCUUACGGCGGCCUGGACUUCUCCGGCUUCUCCUGCGAGUCUAGUUUUGGAAAGGGUCUCCGGGCCCGCACUUUCGACAAAUGCAUCACUGGAAAGCUCAGCAAGGAUUCCUCCUCAUCCCCAUCCAUCUCCUGUGGGUCUGAGAAAUCAGGAUUCUCUAUUGACAAGUUCCACCUUGCGACUUCGCAGGACACAGAUGUGCACAUCUCCUUUGGCAUGCCUGAUGGCUCUACCUGCAAAAAGGUCGCCUCCUGCUCUUCAGGUGGCUCUGAGAUCACCAAUGACCAGUGUGGUGGUGCCACCUCCGUGAGCUUCCAGCUGCCGCAUGAUAGUAAACACCAUGACUGCGACUUGGGUAUCUCCAGCAUUGGCUUCAACUGCGGAUCUGGAACGACAUACACCCCUCCUGCUACCACGCAGACUUCUACAUCUACCAUUGAGACCACCCCGGCAGUUCCAACUACUGCUCCUGAGGCCUCUACUACCGGUGUUUCUACUACUGAUGUCUCUACUACUGGUGUUUCUACUACUAGUGUUCCUGCUAUUGGUGUUUCCACCACUGCAGUGUCAACUCCCACUGGGUCGAGCCCUGUCACUUCCACACCUGUGGUUCCAUCUGUCUCUUCAGUGACUUCUCCUCCUGACAGUUCCAUUCACAUUACUAUGACCACCUCCACUGUGUAUACUACCAGUGAGAUCACCAUCACCAAGUGCGCACCCACGGUCACCAACUGCCCUGCGGACUCGACAACCGUGGUUACUUCCACCAUCUUCGCGUCCACCACUGUGUGCCCAGUAACUUCCACUGCUACUUCGACCCCAAGCAGCCCUGGCGGCGAAACCUCUGAAGUCACAUCUCCUGCUGAGAGCACCACCACUUCUGUUCCUACCGGCGGUGUCCCCACUGGUACUGACACUGUUUCCGUUCCCUCCACUGUUUCUGCUGGCUCUUCUUCUGUUCCUACCGGCGGUGUCUCCACUGGCACUGACACUGUUUCCGUUCCCUCCACUGUUUCUGCUGGCUCUUCUUCUGUUCCUACCGGCGGCGUUCCCACUGGUACUGACACUGCUUCCGUUCCCUCCACUGUUUCUGCCGGCUCUUCUUCCAUUCCUUCCACCGUCACCGCUGGCUCUUCUUCUGUGCCCCCAGAGGACGUGACCACGACUGUCGUUACUUGGGAGACCGUGACUACUUGCCCCGUGACAGAAACCUCAACUUCCAGCGGAUCCGUGGUUACCAACACCUACAGCACCACCUCGACCGUUACACUCACUAGUACCUCGACCAUCUGCACCCGAUGCACUGCCUCUGCGACUCCAGCCCUGACCUCCAGCGGCCCAACCUCUGUUGCUCCUGUUACUACUCCUGCUGCGGAGGAGACUACCACUAUCGUGACCUGGGAGACUGUUACUACCUGCCCAGUGACUACCACGAUCACCAGCGGCACCCACACGCUCACAUCCACCUACACCACUGUUUCGACGGUUACUCAGACUUCCACCAUGGCGGUGCCUUCCUCCACAUCUCCUGAGGAGACAACAUCUUCCACUGCUGUGACGCCAGUCUCUACGAACUCGUGCCCCGAUAUUGUCCCCAAAUGUAUCAACACUUGGCUCACCCUCCUCCCCCACUGCGACUCGAACAGUGAUAUUUCCUGCUUCUGUCCUUCCUCAGAGUUUACCGACAAGGUCAUCUCUUGUAUUCAAGCUUGGGGAGCCUCUACAUCAGAAGUCCAGGCCGCUCUUUCUUACAUGACCGGUAUUUGCGCUGCCUACGUUCCCCAGAACCCAGCCAUCGUCACCAACAUUCCUACUACCAUCACCCUCGUCCCAGCUCCCACUGCCACCGCGACGGGCACUACCACCGGGACGGGCGCUGCCACGCCCUCCGGUGCCUCUCCUGUCGAGACUGGCGAGACCACCAGUGCCCCCUGUGCCACCACCAUUACCUACUCCACCUACACUGUGACCGUACCCCAAGUCUCCUUCUCUACCGCCACAAACACGGGCGUCAGUGCAGGCUCCACCUCCAAGAUCGAGCUCGUCCCCCAGCCUACCGCGGCCACUACCACCACCGCUUCUACGGAGAUCCCUAACCCCUGGACUAAGCCUACGACUCUGUCCACCGGCGCCUAUGGCCCAUCAGCAACAUCGACUCCUUCCCCAUCCAGCACCCCCUUCACUGGCUCUGCGUCUUCCGUCUCCAUGAAGUCCAUUAGCUGGUUGGCGGCACUGGCUCUGCCCCUGCUUGGGCUCUACUAG